AUGGAAGAUAUAGCUUACAGCUUAGCUGGAAAUAUCUUGGAAAAGCUGGGUUCCCUUGCUUAUGGCGAGGUUAACUUGGCAUGGGGCAUGAAAGACGACUUCAAUAAGCUGAAGAACACGACGUCCACCCACAAAUCUGUGCUCCAAGAUGCGGAAAGCAAGCAAGCCCAGAAUGAAGUAUUCAGAAUCUGGCUCACUAAACUUAAAGUUGUCUUCCAUGACGCAGUGGAUGUGCUCGAUGACUUUGAGUGCGAACUACUGAGGAGACAGGUUGUGAAACAAUAUGCUUCUUUCGGUAGAAAGGUACGUCGUUUCUUUUCAAGCUCCAAUUCACUUGCCUAUCGUUUCAGUGUUGCUCAUCGAGUAAAGGUUAUAAGGCAAAAAUUAGAUGGGAUUGCUAAGGAUAUGGAAGAGUUCAAUUUGAUCAAAUCCACGCUGAAUGUGGAACAAAGCCCUCUUAUGCAGGAGAGUAGAGAGACUCACUCCUUUGUCAACCUUUCAAACGUUAUUGGUAGAGAUCGUGAAAAGGGGGAGAUUCUAGAUAUGGCAUUGAUGGACCAAGCUCACACAAGUGAUAAUCAAAUCCCUGCCAUUUCGAUAGUUGGGAUGGGAGGUUUAGGAAAGACCACACUUAUCAAAGCAGUAUACAACGACGAACAAAUUGGUGGCAAGUUUGAUUUGCCAAUUUGGGUAUGUGUGUCUCUGGAUUUCAAUGUGUCUAGAAUAAUAAAAGAUAUUCUUAAGGAUGCAACUGGCAGCAGUGGUACCAGUGACAUGUCUAAUUUAAAUCAGUUGCAAAAAUCCUUGAGAGACACCUUGAAAGAUAAAAAAAUUCUACUUGUGUUGGAUGCGUAUGGAAUAAGGAUUUUUCUAAGUGGCGGCAAUUGGCAGAGUUGUUAUCAGUGGGUUCCAAGGGAAGAAAAAUUAUAG